CCAUUACAUUGAUUUGCAGUAAGUAAUGGCAGGUGCGAGACGUUGUUGCUGAAUGACACAAGAAUGAAACUUUCACGAUGUACCUUUAGCUGACAAUGGAAAAGCUUGAAAGGGAUGUGGAAUAUGCUGAGUACUUGAUUGAAACUGCCAAACAGAGACCCUCUCAACUUUUAAGCAAGCCAAUCUCCAGCAAUCCUAAAGGGAAGUCUAUUCAUCAGAAACUUUUGGAGCUGUACAUCGAGGAAACAGGAUCACAGCCAGAUGACACAGAUCUAAUCCGAGCCACCAACCUACUGCCCAAGCUUGUGAGGCGGGAUGGUCUGAACUGCCUGAUACUGAAGCUGUACCCUGGCAAUGAAGGCUACUCAUUGAUGCUUAGAGGUCGCAGUGGUGUGGAGUCAGAGACGUUUAAGUUACCUUACGAGGUAUCAGAAUUACUGGAAUACAUUGAUUCAUCCGAGCUGCCCCCAUUUCUGGUGGACCUGUUGGAGCGGGCUCAGGUUAAUGUGUUCUAUAGUGGCUGUGUUAUUGUGGAAGUGCGGGAUUACCGCAGAUCUGCCAACGGUGGACAUGACACGCAGUAUGUACUGCUCAAACCCUCACAACAGUCUUUGUUAUCUGAUAUCUACAAUUUGUCCAGUGAUGGACAUAGGUGGACACCAGAUGACCUCUUGACCUUGGAGAGUCAGUUGAUACUGGCUACAGAGGACCCUAUUUGCCUGGACCCCUCCCCCUCAGUAUUAUUGGUGGCCAAUCAGCAACAGUAUGAUAAAAAGAAAUUCAACACCCCUUUACUGAAAAGAUCUGUUAAAAAAUAUACACAAGCUGCCAUCAACAGGAAGAGAAAGUUUGCACAGUCCGCAGCACCUAAAGAACUUCGUCUGUUAGACUUCUUACAGAAAAAGAAGUCACGCACUCACACUCCUAAUGUCAAUUUAAAGAUAGGAAAACCGUCAGUGGACAUGUGGCAGCAGAGACCUGUUCAGCUUUCUGUACCGGAGACUAUCGAUGUGGAGAAGUACGCAACAGCACAGGAGCCCCCUGAAAUGACGUCCAACAAUGUUUUGGAACUGGUUGAGGAGACUACACUGGAGCGAGACAUCAACACGGAGAAGAAGCUACUAGCUCGACUGAGUAUAAGGAAACGCAAAUCUGAUGACAUAUACUUUGGUACGCUGUAUCUAGAUCACGACUACAAGGAGAACUCUCGAGGGAAGACAUGCACAUUCAAUCUGAGAACAAAACUGGUGGUUGAUAAGUAUUUGCAGCAGUUUAAAGAGAUCUUCACAGAGGAAGGACGACGUGCAGUUAAGAUAACGACCCAGAGACCUGGCCAGGCUCCCCAUAUAGAGUACACUCAGACUACACUGACAACCUCCGCUCCGGGGAUCACAAUCACUGCUGCCCAGGCUCUAAUGAGUCGCCAAGCUGUGACUGCAACUCUGACAACCGCACAGCCUGACCCUCAGAGUGGAACUACAGCUGCUGGACUCCUGGCUGGCAAGAGAAACGUCCCCAUACAACUCUCACUGACCAUAGCUCCAGCAGCCCCAGGGAGUACUUCACAGGCACCCAAUCAGCUGCAGCUUAACAUACAGAAACAGCCGACAGGCCACCAAUCACAGCCGCUUUCUCGUCCCAAAGUCGGCCACCAUGGAGUUAGCCAAAGGUCUGUACCCAACACACCGGAACAGAGUCCAGCGUCCACCCCUACAUCAACAGUUCAGGGUCAGCUGUUUCCUCAGGGUCUGACGUCUGUGACCUCAGUCCACAGUGUGAAGACUCCGAUCCCCACCCCUACACCUCCACCCAACACAACUCUCACCAACCCUAGCCCCAAUGUACAGAGUAGGAAGCAAGGGGUAGACAACUCCAAUAUCACCCAGCUCCAACAAAGCCUUCAGCAAGCUGGAAAUAUUACAUUUGUUCAAACCACAGAGGGCAGCACUGGUCAGCCAACACUUAGCCAACAGCCAAUCACAAACAUUAAUAUAGCUAACAUUGGCCUGCCUUCCAAUAUCAUCCAGAACAUCACUGGUAUACAAGGCAUGAAUUUAGCCAACCUUCAGGGCUUACAGAACAUGCAGGUGUCCCUGUCUGUCCCUGGGGGUAGCAUCCCCGUCCCUCUCAGUCUCAUCAACACUAAUGCUGGUGUACUACAGAACCACACAGGUAUUUUUGUCAGCUCCCUACCCAGCGGUAUUGUGUCUUCAUCCACAACCACAUCAUCACCCAUAGUAUCCUCAGCAUCUAUUGCACAGGCAUCAUCAUCAGGUGCUAGUGCACCGACGAUGGUUACCAUGGUAACUGCGAUACCAUCAGUAACUGAUCCUGGCUCCACCACAAAUACGACAACAGUAGCAUCCAGUGGUGGCCGCACAUCAGGAAUCGCUAACAACCCAACCUCAGUGCUGCCCCCUGCUGGUAUGCUCUCACUUCCGCUGGGGUCAAUUGGUCUGGGUCCUUUCAUGUCUGGAAUCAAGCAGCAGGCAGGGACCAGUAUACGGGCACCAACCACUCUACCGCUGCUGCAGAUUCAGGGACAGCAUGGCGGGAUACAGAUUCAGGGACAACAUGGUGGAAUUCAAAUUCAGGGACAGCAUGGCGGGAUACAACUUUUGGGACUUCAGCAGCAGAGACCUCCGCUGAAAACAGGAACAGCUAAUCUGACCUCUCAGCAGGCUGGUCAACAGCUUAGUGGUGCUAAAGUGGCUGUUUCCAUACCAACCACAGGGGUGUUAUCUGCCCAGAACUUGGCUGGCCACCAGGUAGCAACACUGUCUCAGUUAAAACCAGGCCAGGCACCAGGGGGCACACUUCAGCCACAACAGUUGAUGCAGCUACAGGCUACGCAGCUGACAUUUAACAAACAACAGCCACUCCAGCUUCAUCCAAUACAACUGAAACCACAACAGCCCCAGCAGUUAGUCCCUGGCGGCAUCAACAAAUCCAAGAGCAAAAAACGCACUACUCCCACCCCACCUAAACACUGAUUCAAUUCUUACAACUUAAAGUGCUUACAGCUGGUCUCUGGGGACAUUGAUAUGUCCAAGAUUUAAAAAAAGAACAACAAAUUACAAGUCCAACCCCACCUAAUCACCAAUCUUAGCUAUACACUUCAAAAUGUCAGAAGUUCCUGGGUAUAUGAACAAGAUUAAUACUGCCUCUACUCCACCUAGACACUGAUUCUAUCCAUACUACUUGAAAUGCUAGCAACACUUCCAUAGGGACACCUCAUAGGAAAUACCUAUUUGUCUACAGUGGUUUAUAGAAGGGAGAUAACUCUGUUACAUAUUCAUACAUACAAAAUGUAAUAGGGUUUAUAGAAGGGAGAUAACUCUGUUACAUAUUUAUACAUACAAAAUGUAAUAGGGUUUAUAGAAGGGAGAUAACUCUGUUACAUAUUCUUACAUAAUAGGGUUUAUAGAAGGGAGAUAACUGUUACAUAUUCAUACAUAUUAGGUCCUACUGGUGAAACUGGGGUAACUACAGGUUUCCUCUCUAUCCGUCUCGUAGUUGGGUAUGUAACUCCAAAGUUUGUCAGCGCUUUAGCAGCUUCAUUCCCUGAGGGAUUUUGAUGACCGUACUAUCUCUGAAAAGUCCUAGUUUGAGUAUGCUUGUUGUUUUAAGCUGAUAUGAGAUGAAUGUGAUAUAAUUUACCACAUCAUCAGUUGUAAAGAAGUUUCAGGAUUACUUUGAAUGAAUUAGAUAAAAAGUAAUAAAGAUUUUCCAGCGUUCCCAUUUUAUUAUACAUAUUAAUAGAUGUUAUGAACUCAAUGACUUAAACUAUGCCACAUGGGCUUAAUUAAGGUCCAUUUGAUUUUGCUUGACUAGAUAUUGGGUCUGAUUAUUUUCCAUUCUGUUUCAGGUAAAUAGCAAUGUAUAGUCUAAGGAGUUUUGUUAUUAAGAAAGCAUUAGGACACGUUUCCUAGUCUGAGAUAAUUCAAAAUAGACUGGUCGGUGUAUGAUCCCCCAUUUUAUUACAAUAUCAAGAAGUACAGCAUUCGCUGUGAAAAAGCAUUUCUACUGCCCCUCCAGUGCUGGCCUGAUCUCUAUGAUGUAUGACUUCAGUCUGAUGUCAUAAGAAACGUUAUAUUUAGGUUACAGGGGAGUGUACACUGCCCGUGUGAUCAGUUUAUAUUGUGAUGUCUCUAAAGACAACUAUGGAUAGAACUUGUCUGUCUAAACAGUCUAGUGUCCAUCGUUUAUGUGCUGUUUUUAAGUAUUUUACAUGUCUAAUGUGAAUUCAAUGAUUUUAUUGUAAAUAUUAUAAUUUUUUAUACCAAACAUAGUCAUUUUAAUAUGUUGUCAAAUGGAUUCUAAAGUGUACAUUGAACUUAUUUGUAAAAUAAAACAAUCUACAUUGUA